AUGUCGAAGAACAGUAAAAAAAGUAAUAGCGAAAAUCAAUACGAGAAAGAUUUGAAGAAACUAAAAGAUAUUUUUGAAAAAGUACAGAAAAAAGUUCAAAAUUACGACAAACGCACUUUGACCGAUGCAGUUAGAAUAGAAAAAUAUAAAGUAGAACUUUUAUCGACGUAUAAUGGUUUAGUUAACUAUGUAAUUGCAAUUUACGACGAAAUAGACAUAGAUUUUCAAGUAAAAGUACUUGAAUCAUUAGAAAGAGCAGUUGAAAUUUUAACCAAGGGAUUGAAAACUCUGAAAUUCGGUAUCACGUUACCUACGGAUUUAUUGAAGGUUGUAGAUAUAGAGGCAAAAUUUGUAACGAACGAAGAAAUAGACGAAGUAGAUAAGUUAAACGAUAGUGUGUUUGAUGAAAACGAGAGUGAAGACGGAAAUUUAGAAACGAAUUCGAACGAUACUGACGAGAUCAUAAAUGCAUUGAAAGCUGGAAUAAAACCAGAAAACAGCAAAGUUGUUGCUGGCCAUUUAAUGGCACUACGUGCUGAUCGCGCAAAUUUAACCGAUUUCGCUAAGCGUGCAGAAGAACUGGCCGAAUCGUUUCAACGAUCUUUGGUCAUGGGAGGCACUUCACGUGCAAAAGCAAUUGAACUUUCAGUUGACAAAGCAAUUGAUUUAUGCAAAGCAAACACAUCGUCAACACUGGUGAAAUCAGUUUUGUUGUCCAGUAAAUUUGAUGACGCAAAAGAAGUUAUUGCAAAGUUCACAAUUGAAACACGAAACGCAGUUGCUGAAAAUCAAAUUUUGCAAUUCAGAUCGAACAGAGGUCGAAAUAAUCGUGGCAAUGCAAAUUCUGAACGAAAUUGGAGAAAUGACUCCAACGGUUUUCGUGCGAACGGAAAUCGCAAUAACGGUUGGAACAACAAUCGUAGCAAUAACGGUAACAAUAACAAUUUUCUCAACAACAAUAACGGUAGCAACGGCAAUAGCAAUGCUAACCGUGGACGUGGAAAUUUUCGUUCGAAUUAUCGUGGAAAUGGACGAAAUGGACAAUCGUCUGUAAAUUUCUUUAAUUCGGAAAACGGCAGUGCCCCGCCGUCGGGGGCGCAGCAAGUCCAAAUACAUCAGGCGGAAUAA